CAACACUGGUUUCAGUCUGACGUUCCACAUUCCCAGUUCAAAUAUCAAAGGCGUGGUCAACGUAUGUCUUCUCCUCCCAGAUGGUCGUUGCCAUGGCAAAGCUAAAAUCACCUACAGCUCAUUACCAUCAUGCACCAAUAUUACUCCAAGCAGCAGCUGGAUCAGUCCCUCUGCUCUGACUAAAGCCCGCUUCCUGUCCUGCAGUGGGAAGAGGAAGAUCACACUCAUGGGGUCUCACCUUAACUUUGUUGAAGGGGUCUUCCACAGCCACGCAAUGCAGGAUGUCAGACUUCCCAGAAACAUCAGCUCUGAGUAUCUCACCUACAAUUCACCUGCAGCUGGGAGCAUUUCUAGCAGCACUAUGUUUGUCAAAGUAGCCAAUGAAACCUUGGCCUGCUCCAUUAAACUCCCCUACUAUCCAGACCCUGAGUUUACCAGCUUCACAGUUAUAAGGACAGGGGAAGAUGUGCGCAUCACCAUUCAGAAAAAGACAGACAAGCUGGAGAUGAUGAUAGAUGAGUUAUCAGUGUGGGGCGUUCAAGACAAUACGGAAUACCAGUGCAUCAUGAAAGCCAAAGAAACCAGUAACAACUCUGACUCUUUCAUCUGUGAGAUUAAAAGACUAACCAACCCUGAAUUUGAGGAGUUGCUGAUAAAUUAUGGUGACAGGACAGUAAGUCUUGGGCUUGAGUCCCAGUUACACGAAGCCCUGCAGAUAUUACGUUUCAUGCUGAUACCCUGUGUUAUUGCAGUGUUGGUGAUCAUCUAUUUCUGGCAGAAGAGACUCACCAUUGAGAUGAAUAAGCUCUGACCACUGACUGGCCUGAGUAUUCUUAGGAAGAAGUUUGUCUCAAAAUAGGCAUUAUAAAGCUUCCUGCAGAGUUUGCUUUGUUUUAUUUUUUCUUUCUGUCUUUACGAUGUUAAUCAUAUUGCAAAUGUGUUUUAGCUGAAGUCAUAUUAUCAGGACACAAAUAAAAAAAUAUUUUA